AUGGCUAACGGGCAGAAGCCUGCGCGGGACGAACUCAAGAACCUCCAAGAAGAUCUCGGACCCUACUACCAAAUUCCCCUAAAGCCUAGGCGAAGCGGUACUCACUCAAGGGAGAAUAGCUUUCAAGAGUCUCUGCGCCAGUCCUCCAACACGCCGGAGCCGAAGCGAUCAGGCUCGAAGCGACAGGAUCCUUCGAGCAGAGAUUCCACCCCAAGCCGCCCGACAAAGUCGAGAACCAAGAACCAUAGUCGGGAUAUCACUUCAGACGUGGGCACGCCGAAGAGGUCGCCGAGAAGCGAACAUAAUACCCCGCGGCCGGAGUCGGUGAAGCCGGAGCGCCACAACCGCGAGAUGUCGCAACGAAACAGAAGCGGACGGGCGUCCAACCGCAACAACGGUAAUUCACAUGGAGAGGAGGUACAGAUAUGGGAGCUGUGCAAGAGUCAAGUGGGGGAGAUUGUCUCCGGAAUCAAUGCCGAGAAUGACAGUCUUACGGAGCUUGUCACGAUGGAUAAACAAGUCGGUACGAUGGACUUGGAAAAGAUUCCGAGUGACUCGUUGAAAGAGAUGGAACAGCUAUGUCGGACAGGGGUUAAGCACUCGGAAGCUAACAUGUCAGCACUCAAAAAUACUAUUGAGCAGCUUAAAGUGUUGCGCGCCGUGGUGCACGCUAAGGAACAGCAGGAUGCUCAAGCAGCGGGGCCUGGUAAGAGGAAUGCCCGAGACAGCGCGGCGGCAGCAUCUUCGCUCUACGACUUUGAUGGGGCUGGCGAUUCUCCCGUACCGAGUCCAAUUGGAGGAUCAGCAAGAAAAUAUGGUGAUCGAGCAAGAGAACGUGAACGAGAACGCGAGAGGGAAAGAGAACGAGACCGCGACAGCAUGCCCCCAAAGGCCGAUAGUGUCGAGCCUCAGGGGUCGGUUGGAAGCGGUGUCGGAUCAGGGAACAACAAGUCCAAAGUUGUUUUCUCAAAAGGCGAUGCAGUUGCAUUCAAGCCCAAAGCGUUGAAUGGGGAUACAACGUCAGACUGGAUACUCGGUGAGGUCGCGCAGGUGAUGGGUGAGGGCAAAAGCCGACGAUACAAGGUCCUCGAUAUAGAACCCGAGGACCAGAGCAAACAGAAGGAGUACCGAUCAAGUGCCAGCAGUAUGAUUCCCAUUACACCUGAGAGUCAAGCAUCGACGCUGAAGGACUGGGAAUCAGGUAAGGUGGUGCUGGCACUGUAUCCCAACACAACCACGUUCUACAAGGCGGAGGUUCAUAGCAUGGACAGCGACGGCAAGGUCAAUCUCAAGUUUGAGGGGGAGAAUGACUCUUCAACACUACAACAGGUGGAGAGGAGGUUUGUGAUUGAAUACCGAGCAUAA